GCGCAGGGAGGACGCGGCGCCUCCCGGCAUGGCGGCUCCGGCCAAGCGUGCGCGGGCGAGUGGCGGUUCGCCCCUCACCUCGCCCUGCCCGGUCUUGACAGCUGCCGGCGCCCCCCGGUCGCCCCCGGGUCCGGGGCGCGGCCGCGUCACUUGCUUCUCCCCGCUGGCGGCUUGGCCCAGCGGUGGCGAGUCCGACGGCGACGCGGUAGCCGGCUUCCUGCGCUGGUGCGCGGGAGUGGGGCUGGAGCUGAGCCCCAAGGUGGCGGUGAGCCGGCAGGGCACGGUGGCCGGCUACGGCAUGGUGGCGCGGGAGAGCGUGCAGCCGGGGGAGCUGCUGUUCGCGGUGCCGCGCUCGGCGCUGCUGUCCCCGCACACCUGCUCCAUCCGCGGCCUGCUGGAGCGAGAACGAGGCGCGCUGCAGAGCCUGUCCGGGUGGGUGCCGCUGCUGCUGGCGCUGCUCCACGAGCUGCAGGCCCCAGCCUCACCCUGGAGCCCCUACUUCGCGCUCUGGCCAGAGCUGGGGCGUUUGGAGCAUCCCAUGUUUUGGCCAGAGGAGGAGCGGCGGCGCCUCCUCAAGGGUACAGGUGUCCCGGAGGCCGUGGAGAAGGAUUUGGUGAACAUUAGUAGCGAAUACCAUUCCAUCGUCCUGCCCUUCAUGGAGGCUCACUCGGAUCUCUUCAGCCCCACUGUUCGCUCUCUGGAACUCUAUCGUCAGCUCGUGGCCCUUGUGAUGGCUUAUAGCUUUCAGGAACCACUGGAGGAAGAGGAUGAUGAAAAGGAGCCCAACUCCCCCUUGAUGGUGCCUGCUGCAGACCUACUGAACCACAUAGCCAAUCACAAUGCCAAUCUUGAGUACUCUGCAGAUUAUCUCCGGAUGGUAGCUACUCAGCCCAUUCCCAAAGGUCACGAGAUUUUCAACACAUAUGGGCAAAUGGCUAAUUGGCAACUGAUCCAUAUGUAUGGUUUUGCUGAGCCCUAUCCUGACAACACAGAUGACACAGCUGACAUUCAGAUGGUGACAGUCCGAGAUGCUGCACUGCAGGGAACGAAGGAUGAAGUGGAAAAGCUGCUCUUGUGGGAACGCUGGGAUUUCCUGUGCAAGCUGGACAUGGUAGGGGAAGAAGGAGCCUUUGUGAUUGGUCACGAGGAGGUGUUGACUCAAGAGGAGCUAGCCACCACACUCAAGGUACUGUGUAUGCCUGCUGAGGAAUUCAGAAACUAUAAAGAACAGGCUGGACAGAGAGAGGAAGAAAGAGAAGAGGACAGUCUGACGAUCACAAAUAUCCCCAAGCUCCAAGCAUCGUGGAAACGGCUUCUUCGAGCCAGUGUUCUACUGACCCUUAAGACCUAUGCCACCGACUUAAAAACUGAGCAAGAUUUACUUAGUAAUAAGGAGGUCUACGCCAAGCUCAGCUGGCGGGAACAGCAAGCCUUACAAGUCCGCUAUGGUCAGAAGAUGAUUUUACAUCAGUUGUUGGAACUCACAAGUUAGCAGGUUCCCUGAAUGACCAGCAGUGAGAACCUUUUAAGCUUGCAUUUUGUUGCUUUGGGUCUUUUGCUAUAGGGCAGUUAAUCAAAGGAAAAGUAGCUAAAGGUAAGCUAGGAUUAAUCCAAGGCAAGAGUUACAUGUUGACUUUAGAAUUGAGAUUUAGGGAUCACUGUCAAUUGUUAAGCACAUUCUAUUCUUACUAAUGUCUUCGGGUUUUUAGUAGAAUUUAAUAAAUAUGGAUUGAGCUGGA